AUGUGCGACGGUAAGCAGAGUUUCUGGGAGCGGCACCAGUACAAGUUCUUCAGAUACGGUCACAUCUAUGCGAGCAUCUAUGGCCAGGUGAUCAUCGAUUACGUGCCGCAGCAGCCGUUGCGACCUGCUCUGAAGGCUCUGCUAAUUGCCUACAGCCAUGUGUUUAGUCUGAUGCUGAUUGUGGUGCUGCCCUGCUAUUUUGGCUAUAAUUAUCGAUGGCUUAUGGCAACGGAUGACCGCCGGAUGCAGCUGGUGCUGUACGUUUCAUUUGCCAAUACGCUGAUCAAGUACGCCACUGUCAUUGUCACCUACAUGGAAAUCAUGUUCAAAUUUAAGGCCAGCAAUCAGCGGUGCACGUUGCAGCGAGUCAGCUUAGAGGCGGCCUUUGACGCUAGCUACCAUGGCAGCAGGUGGCCCAUGAAGAGCUUCGAGAAGUUCAUGUACAUCAAAUUCGGUCUGAUAAACAUGAUGAUGAUCACCCAGGUGUGCGGCAUAUUUGCCGUUGCUGGCACUGUUGAUGGCGAUUCCGAUGGUGGCAAGUUGCGUUUUCAAUUUGCCAUUUACUCCUUUGUGCUGUGGAACUACACGGAGAACAUGGCCGACUAUUUCUACUACAUGAGCAGCUGUGUGCUCAAGUAUCUUCGCCAGCUGCACGUCCAGCUGCACUCCGCUCUCGGCCAGCUGGGCCGUCUGGCUCCGUAUUCGCAACGACAUCCGAUGAGGCGUGGCAUGCUGUUGAUGAAGUGUUGCCGGCUCUGCGAUCGGAUUGCCGUGCUACGUCGGCGUUUCACUCAGAUACAUGCUCUGCAUUUGGGCAGCAUGCGGAUGCAUCAGGUGCAGCUGCUUGGCCUGAUGCUGACAACACUGAUCAACAACCUAACCAAUUUUUUUACCAUCUUCAAUCUGCUGGCGACUCAAUCCAUGGCGGGUGUCCCCUUUCCAAUUGUGGCCAGUGGACUAUACGCACUCUGCUUUUAUCUGGACACCUACAUUGUCACUCUGGUCAUUGAGUAUAUCAAGACGGAGCAGGCCCGUCUCGUUCUCACAAUGCGCCGAUUCUGCGACUAUAGUUCGCUGGAUCUGCCGAAUCUCAGCCAAGAGGUGGAACACUUCUCGCUGCUGCUGAUGCAAUAUCGACAGCCAAUGCUAUGCGGCCUGCUGCAUCUGGACCGUCGCCUGAUUUAUCUGAUUUCCGUGACGGCCUUCUCCUAUUUCAUAACGCUCGUACAGUUCGAUAUAUAUCUGCGCAUUACCAAGUAG